AUGUCGGACGAUAGGAAGGGGAUCUCUCUCCGAUCCGGUGGGAAGAGGAAAGGAGGGCGUCCAACCAUCAGCGCCCCAAAGCAGAUCUCGGGCCCAAUCCCCAAUGAUGGAGUAGACAUCCCCCGUAGCACGGGAGGGCGGCCAGGCCCUGCCGGUCCAGGCGCACCUCAACCAAGACCAAGACCACCGCCCUCGGGCGGCAAGACCAGUGAUAUGGUCAUGCGCCGCUACUCCACCCGCUUCAACAACCUGCCCCAGAACUUCGAUGCCACCGCGCCCCCUGUCCCGUCCGUACCGAGAAUCGAUCCUGCCAGAUACGCCCAGCCCGGCGAGAGGCGUCCUCCGCCAUCAAGGGGAGAGGGCGCUCCCGUGUCUAGGUCCAGGGCCGGAGGGCCGCCAGCAAUUGAUGUCAAGGCCUUGAGGGACGCCACUCUGGCACCCGACCAGUAUGUCGCCGGUAUACUCAGCGAGGCCACCGAGGACGAGAUCCGCGACUACGAGGACAGCUUGCGGAAGCUCAAGAGCCGCGCGGCCAACGAUCUGCAGCAGAACGUCUACCAGAAUCGCACCCAGUUCAUCAAGAUCAGCAAGGAGGCCGAGAAGCUCAAGGGCGAAAUGCGCUCCUUGCGGAACCUCAUCAUGGAUCUCAAGUCGAACACGACGGCGCUGAGGUCCGCCUCGGCAAAUCAGACCUCGCCCAUGAACGGAGACUUUGGCACGGGCCUGAGCAAGAAAGACCGGCGGAGCUCGGUUGCGGACCGGACUGCCCUGUGGAACUCGCAGAUGCAGGCGCUCUACAAGAACGUCGAAGGGUCCCAGAAGUUUCUGCCCAACUCUCUGGGCCGACACGUGGUUCAGGAUGCCGGCUUCUGGAUUGAGUUGGACAACGCGACCUACAAGUCUCGCAGAUCAAUGCAGAUCUUUCUGCUCAACGAUCACCUGCUCGUCGCCUCCCGUAAGAAGAGGAAGGCGGACCAGCCCAACGACAAUCGUGCUCCUGUCACCAAGUUGGUGGCCGAUCGCUGUUGGCCGCUGCUCGAGAUCGACAUUGUAGACAUGGCCAGCUCGAACGAGUCAUCCAGCAGCCGGAAUAAGCUCGCGGACGCCAUCAUGGUCCGCGGCAUGGGCCAGGAAUCCUUCAUCUACAGGACCGAGAAGCCCGAGGACACUCAGAAGUCGGCUUUGAUGUUGAACAUCAGAAAGGCUGUCGAGGAGCUGAGAAAGGGGCUGCAGUCGGAGAUGGAAGCCAACAACAAGGCCAAGGAGACGAUCAACUAUUUUGCCUCCAGGGACCCCGGCCUGCUUGAAAAGACGGAAUUGCUGCAAACCCUCUCUGACAUCAAGGACAUGUUGAUCGAGGUUGACGGGAAGCAACAAAACUUGCGAUGGGUUGAGGGCCAGAUGGACGAGCUAGACAUUGACGUUGCACUUCAGCAGUUUGAGACGGCGGUUGCCAAAGUUGAGAAGCUGAGAGAGCUCGCACGCAGUCUCAAGAACAACGCCAUCGCCCAGGACUUUAUCAACUUCAAAGUUCAAGAACGUUCUACCAAACUAGCAGGACUUAUCACCAGGAACCUCAUAGACAACCAUGCCGGGUCGCAAAAGACAAGACGCAAUGUGAGCUGGCUGACCAGACUGGGGUUCGAGGACCGCGCACGGGAGGCGUACCUCGACGCUAGAGGCGAGCUUGUCAAGAAGAGGUCAAGGCAAUGCAUCUUCCAAGGCGAUCUCCACCUGUACAUUUGGCAACUCUCCUUUGUCUACUUCAGCAUCAUCCGCAACACCGUCGCCUGCUUUCAGAGCUGCUUCCCGCAGGCCAUGAUGAGCGCCUGUGUCAAGUGGGCCAAAGAGGAGGUUGAGGGCUUCAACGUCAUCCUGGCCAGGCAGCUCAGCAGCGUUGAGAAGGACAGCGAGGUCUGGUCCAAGUGUAUGGACCGCGCCAAGGUCCAUGCCCAGAUGCUGUCCGAGGUCCAGCUCGAUUUCAGGGACCUCAUCGGCAAGGAGGUCUUGGCGGACCAGCACGUGAAUGGGGAGAACAAGCCCGUGGGGCUUGGUGUGUCGGCAGCAUGA